GAUUAUAACCUUACAGCAGCAUAUUGCGGCUGUACGGUAGAACGUCCUGGCUGGGUUUUUGUUUGCUUUGUUUUCCGACUUUUGACCGCUUCUGUUUUCCUUCAAACACGAGGAAAUCCGGUUUUCCAGAGUGAUCGGGACAAUUCGACGACGGCCAAGAUGGAGGUGGAACAAGAUGAUGGUGCUCCUCAUUCCUCAUUUGGCAGUAGUAGGGACGAUGAUGACGAGUCUGUACAUUCCGGUUCAGGUCGUUCAGGUUCAGCUUCUCCCUCCUCAAGAAAGAGCAGAUCAAGAUCAUCAUCGAGGCAUUCACAGUCAAGAUCUCCAUCUGGCAGUCCCAGUGAACCUUUUAAAGGAAAACGAUCAAGGUCGAGUUCUAGAGAAUCUAUGUCUCGACCUGCAUCGCCGGUGAACAAAUCUAGAUCGAGAUCAAAUUCAAGGUCCAGGUCGGGUUCAGCCAAAUCUCGAUCACAGAGCCGAGAAAGGUCUUAUUCACCAGCAAAUUCUAGAGCUUCGAGGUCUAGAUCAAGAUCCAGAUCAGGAUCGGGUUCACCUUCUGCAGCAAAAUCACCCGCGAGAUCUAGGUCAGGUUCACGUUCAAGAGCUAAAUCAAGAUCUAGAUCUGCAACGCCAAGAUCAAGGUCACAAUCAGAUAGAUCCCGUUCUCCUUCAAGGUCUCGGUCCAGGUCAAGAUCCAAAUCAGGAUCUCUUAAAGCAAGGUCUCGCUCAAGAUCAGGUUCGGCUAGAAGGUCACACUCAAGAUCAAAAUCACGUUCAAGAUCAGGUUCUGCUAGAGCAUCAAGAUCACGAUCAGGAUCAAGGCAUUCACGCUCUCAGUCUAGGUCAGAUAAAAGGAAAUCGAGAUCCAGGUCGCGGUCUGGUUCAAGAUCUGACUCAGGAAGCAGAUCGAGAUCACGCUCUGGAUCAGGCAGGCGAUCAAGGUCACAAUCUGCCUCGAGAAAAGGUUCAAGAUCUCGUUCACGUUCAGGUUCAAAUGAUCGAGCAUCAAGAUCUCGUUCUAGGUCUCACUCUGGUUCCAGACAUUCUCGUUCCCGUUCAAGAUCCAAAUCCAAAUCAAGAUCGAGAUCAAAAUCAGGUUCUGUCAGAAAUUCUAGAUCGAGAUCUCGGUCAAGAUCACUUUCGAAAAAUUCCAAGAAUGGGUCAAGAUCACGAAGCAGGUCACGAUCCAAAGGUUCUGAUGUGGAAGAACGAAAUUCUGUGGUUGAUUCUGACGAUUCUGAUAUUGAAACAAGACGUAAAAAGGGGACAAAACAUAAAGUACAAAGUGAUGAUGAUAGCGAUGAAGAAAUUACAAGGAGAAAAAAGAAAACUAAAAUUGCUUCAGAUUCUGAAGGUGAAGGAAGUGUCUCAGAGACAGACACUAGAAAGAAGAAGAAAAAGAGAGAUUCUGAUGUUGAAGAUGAAGAAGAAGAGGAACAAACCGAAAAGGAGAGUGAAGGCUUAGAAAAAGAAAAUAAAGAAGAAGCUGAAGAACCAGCUGGAGAAGUUAUCCCACAAGUCUCUGAUGAUUCUGAUGAAGACAGACCUGUCCGUGAGAUAGAAGAAAACUCAGGAUUUUCAGAUUUUGAUUUAAUGCUAGCAAGAAAAAAAGAAGAGCAAACUAAAAGACGAAGGCGAAAGGAUAUUGAUAUCAUUAAUGACAAUGAUGACAUAAUUGCUCAGUUAUUAGCUGAUAUGAAAGCUGCAGCUGAAGCGGAUAGAAAAUGUAACCAGGCUAGUAAACCAGCAACUAACAAAGUUGGAAUGUUAACAAAAGUAAUGUCUCAGCUCAACAAGCAAGAUCUCCAAUUAGCAUUCAUCGAGCACAAUGUUCUUACUGUAUUGACCGACUGGCUGGCGCCAAUGCCUGACAGAAGUCUUCCUGCACUUAAAAUUAGAGAAAACAUUCUCAAACUUCUUAAGGAGUUUCCACCUAUCGAGCAAUCAACCUUAAAACACUCUGGGAUUGGAAAGGCAGUUAUGUAUUUGUACAAACAUCCAAAGGAGACGAAAGAAAACAAAGAUUUGGCAGGAAAGCUGAUAAAUGAAUGGGCAAGACCUAUUUUCAACUUAUCUACCGAUUUUAAAGCUUUAAGUAAAGAGGAAAGGGAAGCGAGAGACAUGGAACAACAACUGCCAAAAAGGAGAAGGGCUCAUGAUGAAGAAUCCAGUACACCAAGUAGACAGGAUAUCGCGAAAGCACUCACCGGCGAGGGAAAAGCUUUAAGGCCCGGUGACAAAGGUUGGGUAGGAAGAGCAAGGGUACCAGUACCGUCAAACAAAGAUUACGUUGUUAGACCCAAGUGGAAGACUGAUGUUGACAUGACUAGAACGACCAAACGGCAAAUGAACCGGUUUGAAAAGCAUUAUAAAAACUUUAUAGAUAGUAAACGCAACAAACAAGCAAGACGAGCCGUAGAGAUAUCAAUAGAAGGAAGAAAAAUGUCUUUGUAACAACUUUUGUUUUGUUUUUGUACACUUUAAUAUACAAUUGUAACUAUAAAAAAUGUAUAUGGACUGUGAUGAAAUAAAUACAUUAUAAAUAAUAGGGCUUGCAAUUUUAAAUUGUAGUUUUGUUAAAGUUGUAAUAAAUUUAAAGAUAAUCAAGUAUGCCGAAAGCUACGAAUUGUCGUAAAAUAAAUAUUUGAACAACA